AGCAGCAAUGUGAUGCAAAGUGAUGAUCAUUCCCAACAUCAGCUUCUUUGAUGGAUUUCUUCUGCUGGGCUUCUCCAAGCAGCCGCUGCUGGAGGUGGCCCUCUUCGCCAUCGUCCUGGUUUUCUACCUGCUCACCCUGCUGGGCAAUGCAGCCAUCAUUGUUCUGGCUCGCUUGGAUCCCCGGCUCCACACCCCAAUGUACCUUUUCCUCACCCACUUGUCCUUAAUGGACCUCUGCUAUACCACCAGCACGGCUCCCCAGCUCCUGGCUCACCUGUAUAGCCCAGAGAAGACGAUAACUUAUGGUGGCUGUGUUGUUCAGCUCUAUGUGGCCUUGGCCAUGGGCUCCACUGAGUGCCUGCUCCUUGCGGUCAUGGCUGUGGACCGCUACGUGGCAGUGUGCCGGCCCUUGCACUACACUGUCCUCUUGGGCCCACGCACCUGUUGGAAGCUGGUGGCCACAACCUGGCUCACUGGCCUGGCCAGCUCACUGGUGCAGACUGUGCUCACCAUACGGGUCCCGCUUUGUGGAAGAAACGUCAUAGAUCAUGUCUUCUGCGAAGUGCCGGUUCUCCUCAAACUCGCCUGUGUGGACACCACGUUCAAUCGGACAGAGCUCCUGCUGGUCAGUACGUUCUUCCUCCUGGCACCCCUCACUCUCAUCCUCAGCUCCUAUGGCUGCAUCGCCCAGGCUGUUUGGAAGACCAGGUCCGUCCAGGGCCGGCAGAAGGCCCUGAGCACCUGCUCCUCGCAUCUGGCUGUGGUGUUCCUCUUCUAUGGCACCGCUGCAGCCUCCUAUCUGCAGCCCUCUUCUGCCACCUCUCAGGACCGGGACAAGGUCAUGGCCUUGCUCUAUGGCAUUGUCACUCCAACCCUAAAUCCUUUCAUCUACACCCUGCGUAAUAAAGACAUGAAAGGGGCACUGAGGAAGAUGAUGGGGACACUGUAAAGAUGAGAAGUUUGAAGAGACGGUGGCACUGGAGAACAGGGAAUUGCUAAAUGGAAACAGCUGUGAGGUGCUCGUAGUUCUGCAAAUGUGGUAAUCUAUCUUUUAUUUCUGAGUAGCCAAACUCUAAGUAUGUCAGAAUACGUCUACUUUCUGACAUUAAUACACGUUAUAGCUUAUCCACAAGGGAUAAAUGGCUGAGAUGUGCUAAUAAUCACCCAUCUUCAAGCCAGCAAUGACCAAACUACACAAUGACCAACUCAAACAAUCCUUCUUCUUGUCAUUUCUCCUAUAAACAGGGCAGCAAAAAUACCCAUCCUGCAAUGCUGAGAAGCUCUUGUGAUGAUGGAGUUAGACGAAGUGUGUUUUGUAGGCUGCAAGUGCAAAAUAUUAGCAAUCCCACAUACAGUUGUGGGGGUUACUUUUCAUUUUAGACUGCUUAUUUAGAAUUAUACAGUUUUCAAAUUGGCAGGCACCUCAGAGGCCAUCUGUCCUAGUUCGCCUAGUACAUAAAUCACAGGAAAACAUUGUUGAAUGAUAGUCAUUCAAAUUUAAGCAUUCCCACAAAAAGGGGACUUCUUUUUCCCCAAAUUAAGCUGGCAGUUAGCCCCUCUAAUAAAUCGACCUUGUUGGGCUUUGGCCUUCAGAGCCACACAAAGUAGCCUCUGACAACAUAAUCUCCCCUUUACCUAACUACUGUGGAAGUACGGACUUGACUAAUACCCACAACCUACCUGAAUUAACUCGAGUGCUUUAAACUGUUUCUUAGGCAACGCGAUGCCAGUUCUCUUUACAAUCUUGGUGUUUGUUUUCAAUUCAAUUAAAAAAUUUAAAUCUGCUUCAGCAAAUGGACUUUGCUGGUCAAGUUGAUUUAUAUGGUGGAUAGAAUUUGUCUUUUAAAUGUCUUGCCAAAAGCCAACCUGAUUUUCACAUGGGCGGUUACUUUCCAGUCAGUUCCUGCAGGUGUCCUC